AUGGAUUUACAAACCCUGAACGACACCUCACCAUUCUUGGAGUGUGUGGGAGCGCAAGGCGCUGGGUCAAUCGGAACAACGAACGUCAGUCUGGAACUCACAAACAUCACCACCUGUGGAAACGCGUCCGUGGUGCUCAAACCGCAACAUGUCAAACAGAAAGGUGAGGAGCCGGGCCAUCUAUAUUUACGUUAUUUCAUAAAACUAAAUGAAAUGACCAAAUACGCAAAAAACUAUACACAAAAUCAGUGUUUUGGUUUGUUAACUGGAUUCUUCCUGACAUUCGUGAUUUUGUUUUUUCUAGUUGUUUGUUAUUAUUUUUGUACUUGUAUGAUAUUUUUACUGCAUUGUUAUUUUCGCUAAUCUGACACAAAAUCCAGUUCACCAUAGCCUAUAUUUCAACAGCAAUAGGCGCUCAAACCACAGAUUCCUUGAGUUUUCGUUUAUCAAUAGGCCUUUUCCAAAUAUCGAAGAUAGCCUGAGACAAAAAAAAACGAUUUUACGCAAAAGUUAAUCACUAAUACAUGCGAAGUACAAAUUAAAAGGUUACCAUGAUGCUAUUCCAUAAUUUAAUUUCAAAUCGAAUUAUAUAUAAUAUAAUAAUUAAUUGGUUGUAAUUAAUAACAUUUAAAUGGGCUGGAACAUAAUGUUCUGAUUGCUACAGUAAUCAGUGUCCUCUAUCUUUCUAAGAAUUGUAAGUCAACCGAGUCAACCAUAGUGCAGAUGCCUAGACUUCUCCACAAAUGAAUUACAAUAGCUCUAGUCUAGUGUGUUUUCAUACAGUGUGUGUGUGUGUGUGUGUGUGCAUGCGUGAGUGUGUAUAUGUUUGUGUGCGUUUGUGUGUGUGCAGUGAUGUAGCUAAUUCAUAUAGCAGCAGCAGCAAAAGCAACAGCGCAUUACGCAUUCAUGUAUCCAAUCUAGCCACAACUAAACCCAAUGCCAGAGAACAUCACACUCAUUCAGAAAUCGUCACUCCUGGAAAUACACCCCUACCCCCCUUUAAAACCAUGACUACCACCCAUCCUUUAAAAAAUUGUUGACAGACAUUACUACUGCAAUAUUUACUAUAAAUGAAGCCAGUCCCCAGUGCAGUCAGGAGACUGAGGCUUUACCCUUUCUCCACAAGGUCAGCAUUGUACUUGAUCAAUCUGGAAUACUCAAUGUUCCAGCUGUAUCUGUACAAUUCUAACAAGGUGGCUCUUUCCCACGCUCAUUUUGAUCUGUUGUUUAGAGCAAGGGCAGUGUGUGUGAGUGUGUUUCUGUGUGUGUCUGUGUCUGUGGGUGUGUGUGUGUUUCUGUGUGUGUGUGUGUGUGUGUGUGUGUGUGUGUGUGUGUGUGUGUUUCUGUGUGUGUGUGUGUGUGUGUGUGUGUCUGUGUGUGUGUGUGUCUGUGUGUGUGUGUGUGUUUCUGUGUGUGUGUGACCGUCUCUCAGAUCAGUAAUGGACAGAGUUGAUUUUCGUUACGGUACAUCAGCAUCUCAAUAUCAAUCACUGAUAGAGGGAUGGGUGGAGUGACAUUUGAUAGCUAGAGAAAUGACCAAAAAGAGCAUACCCUUCCAGCUCCUCCACCCAUCCCUCUAUCAGUGAUUGAUACUGAGAUGCUGAUGUAGCGUAAUGAAAAUCAACUCUGAAUGCCUAUGAGAAAGUGUCAGGUGUCUGAGAAAUGUAAUCAGGAAAAUGAUUUUGACAUGGGAAUAAGGUUGUGAUACAAAACCAUUAUCAUUACAAACCAAUUAUUGUCAGGACAUGAUGGAGGUUUCUUGUCAAACAGGAGUGGGAGUGAAUUGUACACAGCACCAACCAAUAUAGAUUAGACAGACACAGCCUGAGGGGAGAUGGGAAUGUUGGUCAGAAAUAAUUAUUGGGAAGCAGAUGGUUAAAUGAUUUUAGGCUAUAUCUACUCAGCAUUGACACCAGCCUGUAUGCAACUGGUCCAUACCACACCUUGUGUGUGUGUGUGUGUGUGGGGUGUGUGUUGUGGUAUGAUGUGUGUUUUGUGUGGUGUGGUGUGUGUGUGUGUUUGACCAGCGCUCUGUCAACAACAGCAGUUGGUACAAACUGAGGCUGUGUACAGAGACAGGAGAGUCUGAAGCCUGAGGGAGGCCCUUCACCGCCCUGUAUGUAAUACACACUAUAUUUAGCAUGCUCCUCAGAAUCUCUCACACACACACACACACACACACACACACACACACACUGAUGGGGAAUAUCCAAGACCGCAGCUGCUGCCAUCAUCUUUAGUCACUCAGUCACCCUAACACUUCCUCACUUUCUCACUCAACCGCUCUAAUUUCUCUGUCUGUCUCUCUGUUUCUCUCACUUUCUCUUUGUCCCCGUGUGUUCUGGUAUUUUUAGAGCAGUAGACUGAAGUAGGCAAACAGACAAACAGACAGUGGUGCAUGCUGGUUGAAUCACAUAGCGGGUUGAAUGAUUUCAUAGCAAGCCAAGCCUCCGUGACCAGAGGACUAGAGGUUCAGCUCUAACAGACUCAGACGACUCCCACAUGCUUCAAACCCUCUAGUCAUUGUAAAACAGACGGUCAUACUUGAUUUAAACUCUUUCUUGAAGGGCUGGGAUUGAUUCCAUUUCAAUUCAGUCAAUUCAGGUGAGAAAUUGAAAAUCAAUUUGACUGCAAAGCACCCUUUCUUUUCAAAUCAGAUUAUUAAAUAAAUUAAUUCAAUUUAAAUUAAUUUUGUGAAUCAAUGGAGUUGAAAUGUAGUUGACCCUGGUUUGUGUUAAGAUAAAUCCUCCCAUCAUGAGUGACUUGGUGCUGCAGACAGAAUAAGCUAUCAUAUCAAAAGACGUAACUCCGGACAAGUCAUCUAACACGGCUUUGACACACACAGCAACUCAGGUUGUCUGGAAACCGUUCUCACUAGCCCUAGUGCAUCACUACAUACAAUAUGACAGUCAUAUAGCUGGUCAUCAAGUGAUAUUAUCUCUUACAGAAGUGCUUGACAGUUGUCACCUGUCGUAUCAUGCUUAUUACAUUGUAAAGUAGGCUGGAUGAUAGAUGAUCACUGUUGUAAAUUUUUUAUUAAACUAAUAAAACGUCUCCCAGUAAAAAGUGUCUGCAGCCCUAGUGCACUCAUAUUGCUAGUGUCAUUAAAAAGUAAUGUUUAUUCUCAUGGCCCAUCAUGCAGUAGAUGUAGUAAUGGGGUGGACGUGACAAGCAGUGACAAAGACAGGCUAGAGACAGUACCAAAGACAGGCUAGAGACAGUACCAAAGACAGGCUAGAGACAGUACCAAAGACAGGCUAGAGACAGUACCAAAGACAGACUAGAGACAGUCCCAAAGACAGGCUAGAGACAGUGCCAACAACAGGCUAGAGACAGUGCCAGACAGGCUAGAGGCAGUGCCAAAGACAGGCUAGAGACAGUCCCAAAGACAGGCUAGAGGCAGUGCCAACAACAGGCUAGAGACAGUGCCAAAGACAGGCUAGAGAAAGUGCCAAAGACUGGCUAGAGACAGUGCCAAAGACAGGCUAGAGAAAGUGCCAAAGACUGGCUAGAGACAGUGCCAAAGACAGGCUAUUGGUCACAAGCAGAAUCCUUCUAUGUCCCAAAUGGCACCCUGUUCCCUAUAUAAAGGUCUAUGGGCCCUGGUCAAAAGUAGUACACUGUGUAGGGAAUAGGGUGCCAUUUCCACUAUUUGCUAUUCAGUGUCUGUUUUUACAGUGUUUUGAGGGUGAUGGGGUGGCAGAUGUCUUGGUGGUUAGCGUGUUUGGCCAGUAACUGGAAGGUUGCCAGUUCGAAUCCCCGCACUGACAAGGCGAAAGAUCUAUUGUUCUGCCAUUGAGCAAGGCAGUUAGUUAACCCCCCACAACUACUAUGUGUACACAAUGGUGUUGUUUUGUGUGAUUCUAACAAGGCAGACUCAGUGGUUGUCAUGUUUAUAUCAGUGUGAACAUGUAUGCACAGGGAUUUAGUGUGGAUUACCCCUCUAAACAAUCACAACUACUAGCUCCGUUUAUGUGUGGCAACGAAGGGGGCAGAGUGUUAAAUGGCAGAUAUGUGAGGGCAAAACUAAUAAACGGGCUCUGCCCUCUCACUAAAAUGGCUACCCCAACAAGAACUACAGAUCACAAAAUGGCAGACCGCCAAAAACGACAAUCCCCAGAAGCAAGGGGAACGCUCGCAAGGUGGGGCCGACCCACAUAUAAGGGGUUAAGACAAACCAGGAAGAGAGAGAGAGAGCAAGGGGCUGUGGAUCUGUGAACAACGGAAAAAGAGAAAAGUGACAAUAUAUAUCGGCUGGAUUUACGUGUAUGACCUAGACUGUUUGGAUUUACCUGUUGGCUGUUGGACCUGGACCUACCUAGAACCCGAUUUGUGUAUCGAACACUGCUAUCCUCGACCACGCUUGCGGCCUGGGCGGACCAGGACGGAGAAACCAACGUACAGGUACUGUCCUGUUCGAAAUAACUCUCUCUGGGGUGAUUUAGGUGACGGUCUCCCGCUGAAUUUGUAUACAAACUCUCCUAACCUUGAAGAGGAUUGUCACACGUGGUGGAGAAUGCGGGCACAUUGUCGUUUGAACCGGAUAAAUGGACUAGCCAUACCGCUAGUAAGGUACAUGCUCUACAACAUUCGGAGAGUACGACCCUGCCUUACACAGGAAGCGGCACAGGUCCUAAUCCAGGCACUCGCAUCUGUUACAAGACCAUGGUGCUUGCCUAUGAAGCUGUGAGGGGAACGGCACCUCCGUACCUUCAGGCUCUGAUCAGUCCCUACACCCAAACGAGGGCAUUGCGUUCAUCCACCUCUGGCCUGCUGGCUCCCCUUCCUCUGCGGAAGCAUAGUUCCCGCUCAGCCCAGUCAAAACUGUUCGCUGCUCUGGCACCCCAAUGGUGGAACAAGCUCCCUCACGACGCCAGGACAGCGGAGUCACUCACCACCUUCCGGAGACAUUUGAAACCCCACCUCUUUAAGGAAUACCUGGGAUAGGAUAAAGUAAUCCUUCUACCCCCCCCCCCCCCCCCCCCCCCCCUCUUAAAAAAAAAAUAAAAAAAUGUAAAGUGGUUAUCCCACUGGUUAUAGGGUGAAUGCACCAAUUUGUAAGUCGCUCUGGAUAAGAGCGUCUGCUAAAUGACGUAAAUGUAAAUGUAAAUGUAAAUGUACAUUUCAUAUAUAUAUUUUUUUUGUUCAGUUAGCACUCGGAAGGGUAGUCAGGUUUUUUGUGGUUUUGUUUGUUUCGUUCAGUUUGCUCAGGGACAAUUAGUAUGGAAAGAGCCAUACAGGCACUGUUACAAGCAGUGGCAGCCCAACAAGAGGCAACUAGAGCUCAACAAAUAGCUCAUCGGGAUGCGAUACGAAUGCAUCAGGAUGACCUGGAGUUGAUAGAUGCACAGAACCAUGAUAAACUAAAGGGAGAGAUUCUGACUAGACUGGGAGUGACCAAUACCGUGAGGGCACAUCGCUUCCACCAGUGGGCCUACAGACUUGGACAACCCUCUCACUUGAUUCACCUGGCACGGAAAUGGUUGCGACCAGAGACCCGUUCAUCCGCCGAGGUCGUCGAGACCAUCGUACUCAACCAGUUUCAGCGAGGUCUACCCCGAGAAGUUCGACGAUGGGUUGGCCAGAACUAAGUACUUUCCGCCGACCAUCUCGUGGCCUUGGUUGAACGAUAUUGUAUGGCAGGAACUUCUGAGCAGGCACAGGAGGAAAAAUCCCAAUUUCCCAAGCCCAGGUGAACCAGCGGACCGGGUAUGACUGUUCCAGCAUUGGGAGGGGGAAAGAACCAGACUGGGGGCGAGACACUCCGGCAAAAGCCAAAAACCGGGACUUAUUUCCCUAAUUAAAAUGCAAAUAAAGUUAUAACAUUUUUGACAUGUUUUUCUGGAUUUUUUUGUUGUUAUUCUGUCUCUCACUGUUCAAAUAAACCUACCAUUAAAAUUAUAGACUGAUCAUUUCUUUGUCAUUGGGCAAACGUACAAAAUCAGCAGGGGAUGAAAUACUUUUUUCCCCUCACUGUAUUGCGACCUACUGUUCUAUUAAAGAAGAUGCCGUAUGAUAUAAUACUGGGUAGAUUAUGCCACUCGCUACCCAGAAGCCAUUCCCCUUCGGACGAUGGCAUUCAAAAAUAUUGCCAAGGAGUUAGUGCUCCUGUUCACCAAGGUAGGGAUUCCAAAGGAGAUCCUUACUGAUCAGGGGACCCCCUUUAUGUCCCACCUUAUGGCGGACCUUUGUAAGUUGUGGCAGUUGAAACAGUUGAGGACCUUGGUUUACCAUCCUUAGACGGACGGGAUGGUUGAGAGAUUCAACCGCACCCUGAAGUCAAUGCUCACAAAGGUAAUCAAUAAGGAUGGUAAAAACUGGGAUUUCAUGUUGCCAUAUCUGAUGUUUGCCAUUAGAGAGGUUCCCCAAGCCUCGCUGGGGUUUUCACCCUUUGAGCUAGUAUAUGGGAGGCACCCCCGGGGAAUCUUACACAUCGCCCGGGAAACCUGGGAGCACCAGGCCUCUCCUUAUACUAGUGUUAUAGAGCACGUCACGACAAUGCAAGACAGGAUAGACAAAGUCACGGCCAUCGUCAGAGAGCACAUGAGGCAAGCACAAGAGCACCAGCUGCACACUUAUAACCGGAAGGAUACCCUGAGGGAAUUUCAACCGGGAGAUAAGAUGUUAGUGCUGGUCCCCACGGUAGAGUGUAAACUACUAGCCAUAUGGAAAGGACAGUAUGAAGUGCUGGAGAAAAUAGGAUAAGUUAAUUAUCGGAUCCGACAGCCAGGUCGUCGGACCCCAGAACAGAUCUAUCACAUAAACCUGUUAAAAGCAUGGAGAGAGAGAGAAACACUAAUUGUCACUUACCCCACACCCACUCAGGGGGCAGCCAACGUGCAAGUUUCACCAACUCUGUCCCCAACACAAGUACAGGAAGUAAAGACCCUGAUCCAGAGAAACAGAUGUGUUUUCAGGGAUACCAGUACGAACUGAGGUUACGGCUCAUGAUAUUGUUUCCCUACCAGGGAAAAAAGUGAGCAUGAGGCCAUAUCGGGUACCCGAGGCUCGACGAGCCCGACUAGAGCGGAGACUGAGAAAAUGUUGGCAGCUGGAGUGGUCGAAGAGUCACAUAGUGAGUGGUCUAGCCCAAUUGUGAUGGUCUCCAAGCCCGAUGGGUCUUUGUGGUUUUGUAAUGAUUUUCGGAAGGUAAAUUAAAUCUCCAAGUUUGAUGCCUACCCCAUGCCCCGAGUAGAUGAACUAUUGGAGAAAGUUGGUAAAGCUCGUUACAUUAUGAACCCUGGACCUAGCCAAAGGUUACUGGUAAAUUCCCCUGACCCCCAGAGCCAAAGGAAAGAGAGCCUUCGCAACCCCUGACGGUUUGUUUCAAUACACCGUCAUGUCAUUCGGCUUACAUGGGGCCCCAGCCACCUUUCAACGACUAAUGGACCAGGUCCUAAAACCGCACCGAGCUUAUGCCGCAGCCUAUUUAGAUGACGUGGAGAUCUACAGCCCAGAUUGGGAAUUCCACUUACCCCGGGUACAGGCAGCGCUAAACGCCCUUAGGAAGGCAGGGCUCAUGGCGAACCCUGCCAAGUGUUAUGUGGGGUUAGAGGAAACCGAGUAUCUGGCAUACACCGUGGGAAGACGGUUAAUCAAACCCCAACUUAAGAAGGUUGAGGCAAUUAGAGGAUGGCCGAAACCAGUAAAUAAGAAGCAGGUUUGAGCCUUCCUAGGGUUGACAGGUUACUACCGGAAGUUCAUCCCAAAUUAUGCUACAGUGGCCGCCCCACUCACCGACAUGACUAGAGCCAGAGAGCCAAACAUGGUAAAAUGGGAUGAAAAGUCCACCAAAGCAUUUAGAACAUUACAGGACGCUCUCUGCUGUAAUCCAGUGCUGGUGGUACCAGACUUUGAGCGUGAGUUCGUGGUUCAGACGGUGCCUCAGAGGUCGGGUUGGUAGCCGUGCUCUCCCAAGAGGUAGAAGGGGUGGAACACCCCAUCCUGUUUUUAAGCAGGAAGCUGGAACCACGGGAGGCCAAUUACUAAGUCGUUGAGAAAGAGGCGCUGGCAGUAAAGUGGGCUCUAGAAAGCCUGAAAUAUUAACUGCUAGGGCGCCACUUCACCCUCAUCAGUGACCAUGCCCCACUCACCUGGUAGCAUAGAGCUAAAGAGAAGAACGCUCGGGUGAUGCAGUGGUUUUUGAGUCUCCAACCGUUUCAAUUUUACUUAAAACACAGAGCAGGGAAGGAAAUGUGGAUGGGUUAUCCCGCAUGCAUGCCUAUUUUGCUGAGGUAACCUGACCUAGGGGGUCGAAGCUAGGGGGGGAGAUGUGUGGCAAAGAAGGGGGCAGAGUGUUAAUGGCAGAUAUGUGAGGGCAGAACUAAUAAACGGGCUCUGCCCUCUCACUAAAAUGGCCAACUACUGAUCACAAAAUGGCCGACUGCCAAAAACUACAAUCCCCAGAAGCAAGGUGGGGCCGACCCACAUAUAAGGGGGGAGGGAGGGAGGGAGAGGGAGGGGGAGGGAGAGGGAGGGAGGGAGAGGGGGAGGGAGAGGGAGGGGGAGGGAGGGGGAGAGGGAGGGAGAGGGAGGGGAGGGGAGGGGAGGGGGAGGGGGAGGGGGAGGGGGAGGGAGGGGGAGAGGGAGGGGGAGGGAGGGGGAGAGGGAGGGGGAGGGAGGGGGAGAGGGAGGGGGAGAGAGAGGGAGAGAGGGAGAGAGAGAGGGAGAGAAAAUCUGUGAACCACGGAAAAAGAGAAAAGUGACUAUAUAUCGGCUGGAUUUACCGUGUAUGACCUGGACUGUUUGGACUUACCUGUUGGCUGUUGGACCUAGACCUACUGAGAACCCGAUUCGUGUAUCGAACACUGCUAUCCUCAACCACGCCUGCGGCCUGGGCGGACCAGGAAGGAGAAACCAACGUACAGGUACUGUCCUGUUCGAAAGAACUCCCUCUGGGGUGAUUUUGGUGACGGUCUCCCGCUGAAUUUGUGUACAAACUCUCCUAACCUUGAAAAGGAUUGUCACAGUAGUUUCCCGCUCUCCGUCCCCCUCUGACUGUGUAAGCUAAGGAGAGAUUUGUGCUGUACCUUAAAAUGGGGAAAAUCUAACCAGGAAGAUAUCUGUGUGUGUUGUUUACAUUUGGAAAUGUUGGUGCAUGAGGCCGAGGUUGCUAGGCUAGUGAGUAUUGGGGAGAGAAACUUGAGGAAACGUUCAACAAACUACAAUUUGAGUAAUCAGUUAGCACAUGUAUACCCAAAAAUCAAAUAAAAUCAAAUUGUAUUUGUCACAUGCGCCGAAUACAACAGGUGUAGACUUUACAGUGAAAUGCUUACUUACAACAAUGCAGUUUUAAGAAAAAUAAGUGUUAAGUAAAAAAAAUUAUAACUGUUACGCACGCCUCUCGGAAGAGGGAACGCAACACCCUGCUACAACUCAACUCUCCGUGGUGUGAAAGAGGUAUGGGACUGUAGGUGUGAGUAAGGAUGACAAAAGGCAGAGAAUACCAUUAACAGGGAAUUUAUUCCUUCGCACGGUAAGUUUGGGGAAAAGGGGCUGGACGGAACCAAAGCAAAGAAAGUAAAUAUCAAAGCCCCCUCUCUUACCUUACCUGCCUACCCACUACUUACUUAACUAGCACCACCUGGUGCACUAACCAAAAUACAAAGGAUGGUCCGCCCAGGUCUUUCCUAGUGUGCAUAGACAGUCAACUUCUACGGGUAAUGUAUGCCCGCGGGCCUCUUACCUAAGCACUCCCUAGGUGCCUUCCCCUUCCCCCCUUGGGAACAAAUGAAACAAAAAUAGCACAAACUGGUUCAACAACAAACCUGAGAAAAAAACUUACUCAGGACAUUAAAGAAACUCUGAGCCACAAACUAACACAAAACAUUACAAUUGGUUCUCAGAGCACAGUACAUACCAAACUCUUAGCAUACAACCAACAUGCUGUAACUCUCAGCAAUUCUGGUUCUGAGCAACUGGGGCUUAUAUAGCUUCAGGAGGAGUUGGUAAAUUGGAGACAGCUGCGUCCUGACGAGGGCGCGGUGUCAGCUCUCAAAUCAUCAAUGUUUUUCAAAUCAAUCAGCUGCUUGUUGGGGAAUUUCAGGAACCCAUUUCCUGAAAUACCUACAUGAAAAUACACAAACCACAACAUAGAAACUGGGGAACGUAACAAUAACAAAUAAUUAAAAGAGCAGCAGUAAGACAAUGCAAAUAGUCCAGGUAACCAUUUGAUUAGCUGUUCAGGAGUCUUAUGGCUUGGGCGUAGAAGCUGUUAAGAAGCCUUUUGGACGUAGACUUGGCGCCAUGGUACCGCUUGCCGUGCGGUAUCAGAGAGAACAGUCUAUGACUAGGGUGGCUGGAGUCUUUGACAAUUUUUAGGGCCUUCCUCUGACACCGCCUGAUAUAGAGGUCCUGGAUGGCAGGAAGCUUGGCCCCAGUGAUUGUACUAGGCUGUACGCACUACCCUCUGUAGUGCCUUGCGGUCGGAGGCCGAGCAGUUGCCAUACCAGGCAGUGAUGCAACCAGUCAGGAUGCUCUCGAUGGUGCAGCUGUAGAACUUUUUGAGGAUCUGAUGACCCAUGCCAAAUCUUUUCAGUCUCCUGAGGGGGAAUAGGCUUUGUCGUGCCCUCUUCACGACUGUCUUGGUGUGUUUGGACCAUGAUAGUUUGUUGUUGAUGUGGACACCAAGGAACUUGAAGCUCUCAACCUGCUCCACUACAGCCCCGUUGAUGAGAAUGGAGGUGUGCUCGGUCCUCCUUUUCCUGUAGUCCACAAUCAUCUCCUUUGUCUUGAACAUGUUGAGGGAGAGUGACUCCAGAGUGGCACAGUGGUCUAAGGCACUGCAUCGCAGUGCUAGCUGUGCCACUAGAGAUCCUGGUUCGAGUCCAGGCUCUGUCGCAGCCGGCCGCAACCGGGAGACCCAUGGGCGGCGCACAAUUGGUCCAGCGUCGUCCAAGGUAGGGGAGGGUUUGGCCGGCAGGGAUGUGAGUUCGUUUCCCACGGGGGGCCAGUAUGAAAAAAAUAAAAAUAAACAUAUGCAUUCACUAACUGUAAGUCGCUCUGGAUAAGAGCGUCUGCUAAAUGACUAAAAUGUAAUGUAAAAUGAGAGGUUGUUAUCCUGGCACCACACGGCCAGGUCUCUGACCUCCUCCCUACAGGCUGUCUCAUCGUUGUCGGUGAUCAGGCCUACCAAUGUUGUGUCGUCGGCAAACUUAAUGAUGGUGUUGGAGUCGUGCCUGGCCAUGCAGUCAUGGGUGAACAGGGAGUACCCCUGAGAGGCCCCCGUGUUGAGGAUCAGCGUGGCAGAUGUGUUGUUACCUACCCUUACCACCUGGGGGCGGCCCGUCAGGAAGUCCAGGAUCCAGUUGCAGAGGGAAGUGUUUAGUCCCAGGGUCCUUAGCUUAGUGAUGUUCUUUGAGGGCACUAUUGUGUUGAAUGCUGAGCUGUAGUUAAUGAAUAGCAUUCAUUAGUUCCUUUUGUCCAGGUGGGAAAGGGCAGUGUGGAGUGCAAUAGAGAUUGCAUCAUCUGUGGAUCUGUUGAGGCGGUAUACAAAUUGGAGUGGGUCUAGGGUUUCUGGGAUAAUGAUGUUGGUGUGAGCCAUGACCAGCCUUUCAAAGCACUUCAUGGCUAAAGAUGUGAGUGCUACGGGUCUGUAGUCUUUUAGGCAGGUUACCUUAGUGUUCUUGGGUACAGGGACUAUGGUGGUCUGCUUGAAACAUGUUGGUAUUACAGACUCCAUCAGGGACAGGUUGAAAAUGUCAGUGAAGAAACUUGCCAGUUGGGUGAAGUAUUGAUGGAAGAUAUAGGCCCAGGUUCUGACCCAAGGGGUGGAAAUGUACAAUUCUCUUUCUUUUCUAGUUACAGUAUGUCUCUGUUUCCCUUCAUCCCUCCCUCCCUACCUCUCUGUCUCUCUGUCUCUCUGUCUCUCUGUCUCUCUGUCUCUCUCUCUCUCUCUCUCUCUCUCUCUCUCUCUCUCUCUCUCUCUCUCUCUCUCUCUCUCUCUCUGUCUCUGUCUCUGUCUGUCUCCACUACCUCUCUCUCUCUCUCUCUCUUUCUCUCUCUCUCUCUCUCUCUCUCUCUCUCUCUCUCUCUGUCUCUGUCUCUGUCUCUGUCUGUCUCCACUACCUCUCUCUCUCUCUUUCGCUCUCUCCCUCUCUCUCUGUCUGUCUCCACUACCGCUCUCUCUCGCUCUCUCUCUCUGAGAAGGGGUGAUGUGCGUGUGUGAUGGUCAAUAUUGAUAUCCCAUGGGUAAUUAAGGAGAGAAUUUGCUCCUCUCCUCUUCUGGUACAGACAGCCAGCAGGAUGACAAAAGUAAAUGUGCUCAGGGAGUUAUGGCUGUUCCCUGCACAGCCACCGAGCACACAGGGAAACUAAUUGGCUUCGAUUAGGCUGAAGCCAUAUUUUCAUGAGAGAUAUGCACAUACGUGCCACAAACACGUGAAUGCACUUACCACAGUUCCGCUCAACUUGUUAUUGAGAAUGUGUUUAAUUGCAGGCGCCUCCAAACACAUUCUAAUGAGCCAACACUGAGGUGGUGCCAACUCAGAGCUCAGACACAGCAUCUGGGUAAUGUUAUAUGAAGAGGUGAGUGAGGGAGAGCGAGAGAGAGAAGGAAAGAAAGAAAGAGUGUGUGUGAAGAUAUUUUUGUUACUGCAUAUUACAGCGUGAUGUAGGGGUGUAACGAUCCAUCUACUACAUCGAUGUAUCGAUUUAUAUUCCUAUGAUCCAACUACAUCGAUCUGUGCUCGGCGAGUUGGCCUUUUGGACAACAUAUAUCGAUCUAACAUCGUUUUAAAAUGUAAUAAAUCGAUUGUAUCGAUACUAGGAAAUAACCCAUUGGAUUUAAGCACGUCAGACUUUAUAUGGAUGUUUUUUCUUAGCACUUUUAAUGAUAAAGGCUUUAAACAUUACUCGAUUCAGUCUGCCUAUCCGUGACGUCAUUGCGCCAGCAGCAGCGCAAAGGCGCCAAGACAACAAAACAUAGCAUGGCGGACGACAGAGGAGAAGCCGACGAGCGAGAAAUUAUCAAGCCACCAUUGCGGUCCUUACAAGAAACAGGAAUCUAGGAAACUUCACCUGCACUGUCCAGUAUCCAGGUAUUUAUUUCAGUCACACUGGUUGAAUUUUUGGCUAAAAGGUUACUGAAUCGAUUUCAAGUCACUGAAUCGUUUCGGAUCGUAUCGUUCUAAAUGAACCAAUAUCGUCCUUGAAUUGUAUCGACAACCACGAAUCGUGAUACAAAUCGAAUCGUUGUUAAAACGAAUCGUUACACCCCUAGCGUGAUGUUAUCAUCUUUUAGGCAAUGUGUUGGUUGAUACAAGUAAGGCCUGUGUGAUAAAUCAGAGCCUGCAGCCAUCACCUGCUGUGGAUGUAUUUCAAGGCCUACCUUCAAACUCAGUGCCUCUUUGCUUGACAUCAUGGGAAAAUCAAAACAAAUCAGCCAAGACCUGGUUCAUCCUUGGGAGCAAUUUCCAAACGCCUGAAGGUACCACGUUCAUCUGUACAAACAAUAGUAUGCAAGUAUAAACACCAUGGGACCACGCAGCCGUCAUACCGCUCAGGAAAGAGACGCGGUCUGUCUCCUAGAGAUGAACGUACUUUGGUGCAAAAAGUGCAAAUCAAUCCCAGAACAACAGCAAAGGACCUUGUGAAGAUCCUGGCAGAAACAGGUACAAAAAUAUCUAUAUCCACAGUAAAACGAGUCCUAUAUCGACAUAACCUGAAAGGCCGCUCAGCAAGGAAGAAGCCACUGCUCGAAAACCGCCAUAAAAAAGCCAGACUACGGUUUGCAACUGCACAUUAGGACAAAGAUCAUACUUUUUGGAUCAUACAAAUGUCCUCUGGUCUGAUGAAACAAAAAUAGAACUGUUUGCCCAUAAUGACUAUCGUUAUGUUUGGAGGAAAAAGGAGGCUGCUUGCAACCCAAAGAACACCAUCCCAACCGUGAAGCACGGGGGUGGCAGCAUCAUGCUGUGGGGGUGCUUUGCUGCAGAAGGGACUGGUGCACUUCACAAAAUAGAUGGCAUCAUGAGGAAGGAAAAUUAUGUGGAUAUAUUGAAGCAACAUCUCAAGACAUCAGUCAGGAAGUUAAAGCUUGGUUGCAAAUGGGUCUUCCACAUGCACAAUGACACCAAGCAUACUUCCAAAGUUGUGGCAAAAUGGCUUAAGGACAACAAAGUCAAGGUAUUGGAGUGGCCAUCACAAAGCCCUGACCUCAAUCCUAUAGAAAAUUUGUGGGCAGAACUGAAAAAGGGUGUGCGAGCAAGGAGGCCUAGAAACCUGACUCUCUCUCUCUCUCUCUCUCUCUCUCUCUCUCUCAAUGCAAAUGGCUAUAUUGGUGUGGGAAGCAUGUUUACAUUGCAAAAGCAAGUGGAAUAGAUAAUAAACAAAAGUGAAAUAAACAAUCAGAAAUUAACAGUAAACAUUACACUCAAAAGUUUCGAAAGAAUAGACAUUUCAAAUGUUCUAUCAUGGUUAUGCACAGUGUUGUAACAAUGUGCAAAUUGUCUGUCUCUGUUUCUCUCUUUCUUUCUCUCUCUCUCCUAAACCUGAGCUACAUUUCAUUUCAAAUGGUUGCCCCCUCACGUCUGAUCCAUUCACUCACUCACAUUCCUGAUUCGGCCCACAGUGAGUUUGGGUCAGUGACGUACAGUACAUGGUAGCAUACUUUAAGUGACACUUCAAAUAAAGCCACUAUAGUGUUUUACUAUACACUAUCAGGUCUUAGCUAUUAUACCACUUUUCUCCAAUGAACAUUCCUUAUCCCCCCUAUUCAAUCAUAAAGCAAUACAUUAUUAUCUACUGUUACUUUCUCAUGACCUAUAGACACGGCUAGAAAUGUAAUCGCCAUAAUUAAUGGCGGCGCAUUAGGCCAUGGUCUGGAAGUGAAUGGUGUCUCGUAGAGAGAAAAAAAUAUGAUUGCUUUGAGAAUCAUCCAUUUGGUUUCCAAUUGCUUUCCAGACCAGAAGAGGUAUCCCAAUAGAACCUUUUAAGGUAGUCAAUGGAGACUGGAACUAUUUAUCUUUUUAAUUGACCUUACUUCCUCUCUCUCUCUCUCACUCUCUCGCUCUGUCAUAUACAGUUGAAGUAGGAAGUUUACAUGCACUUAGUUUGGAGUCAUUAAAACUCGUUUUUCAACCACUCCACAAAUUUCUUGUUAACAAACUAUAGUUUUGGCAAGUCGGUUAGGACAUCUACUUUGUUUAUGACACAAGUCAUUUUUCCAACAAUUCACUGUAUUACAAUUCCAGUGGGUCAGAAGUUUACAUACACUAAGUUGACUGAGCCUUUAAACAGCUUGGACAAUUCCAGGAAAUGAUGUCAUGGCUUUCGAAGCCUCUGAUAGGUUAAUUGACAUCAUUUGAGUCAAUUGGAGGUGUACCUGUGGAUGUAUUUCAAGGCCUACCUUCAAACUCAGUGCCUCUUUGCUUGACAUCAUGGGAAAAUCAAAACAAAUCAGCCAAGACCUGGUUCAUCCUUGGGAGCAAUUUCCAAACGCCUGAAGGUACCACGUUCAUCUGUACAAACAAUAGUAUGCAAGUAUAAACACCAUGGGACCACGCAGCCGUCAUACCGCUCAGGAAAGAGACGCGGUCUGUCUCCUAGAGAUGAACGUACUUUGGUGCAAAAAGUGCAAAUCAAUCCCAGAACAACAGCAAAGGACCUUGUGAAGAUCCUGGCGGAAACAGGUACAAAAAUAUCUAUAUCCACAGUAAAACGAGUCCUAUAUCGACAUAACCUGAAAGGCCGCUCAGCAAGGAAGAAGCCACUGCUCGAAAACCGCCAUAAAAAAGCCAGACUACGGUUUGCAACUGCACAUUAGGACAAAGAUCAUACUUUUUGGAUCAUACAAAUGUCCUCUGGUCUGAUGAAACAAAAAUAGAACUGUUUGCCCAUAAUGACUAUCGUUAUGUUUGGAGGAAAAAGGAGGCUGCUUGCAACCCAAAGAACACCAUCCCAACCGUGAAGCACGGGGGUGGCAGCAUCAUGCUGUGGGGGUGCUUUGCUGCAGAAGGGACUGGUGCACUUCACAAAAUAGAUGGCAUCAUGAGGAAGGAAAAUUAUGUGGAUAUAUUGAAGCAACAUCUCAAGACAUCAGUCAGGAAGUUAAAGCUUGGUUGCAAAUGGGUCUUCCACAUGCACAAUGACACCAAGCAUACUUCCAAAGUUGUGGCAAAAUGGCUUAAGGACAACAAAGUCAAGGUAUUGGAGUGGCCAUCACAAAGCCCUGACCUCAAUCCUAUAGAAAAUUUGUGGGCAGAACUGAAAAAGGGUGUGCGAGCAAGGAGGCCUAGAAACCUGACUCUCUCUCUCUCUCUCUCUCUCUCUCUCUCUCAAUGCAAAUGGCUAUAUUGGUGUGGGAAGCAUGUUUACAUUGCAAAAGCAAGUGGAAUAGAUAAUAAACAAAAGUGAAAUAAACAAUCAGAAAUUAACAGUAAACAUUACACUCAAAAGUUUCGAAAGAAUAGACAUUUCAAAUGUUCUAUCAUGGUUAUGCACAGUGUUGUAACAAUGUGCAAAUUGUCUGUCUCUGUUUCUCUCUUUCUUUCUCUCUCUCUCCUAAACCUGAGCUACAUUUCAUUUCAAAUGGUUGCCCCCUCACGUCUGAUCCAUUCACUCACUCACAUUCCUGAUUCGGCCCACAGUGAGUUUGGGUCAGUGACGUACAGUACAUGGUAGCAUACUUUAAGUGACACUUCAAAUAAAGCCACUAUAGUGUUUUACUAUACACUAUCAGGUCUUAGCUAUUAUACCACUUUUCUCCAAUGAACAUUCCUUAUCCCCCCUAUUCAAUCAUAAAGCAAUACAUUAUUAUCUACUGUUACUUUCUCAUGACCUAUAGACACGGCUAGAAAUGUAAUCGCCAUAAUUAAUGGCGGCGCAUUAGGCCAUGGUCUGGAAGUGAAUGGUGUCUCGUAGAGAGAAAAAAAUAUGAUUGCUUUGAGAAUCAUCCAUUUGGUUUCCAAUUGCUUUCCAGACCAGAAGAGGUAUCCCAAUAGAACCUUUUAAGGUAGUCAAUGGAGACUGGAACUAUUUAUCUUUUUAAUUGACCUUACUUCCUCUCUCUCUCUCUCACUCUCUCGCUCUGUCAUAUACAGUUGAAGUAGGAAGUUUACAUGCACUUAGUUUGGAGUCAUUAAAACUCGUUUUUCAACCACUCCACAAAUUUCUUGUUAACAAACUAUAGUUUUGGCAAGUCGGUUAGGACAUCUACUUUGUUUAUGACACAAGUCAUUUUUCCAACAAUUCACUGUAUUACAAUUCCAGUGGGUCAGAAGUUUACAUACACUAAGUUGACUGAGCCUUUAAACAGCUUGGACAAUUCCAGGAAAUGAUGUCAUGGCUUUCGAAGCCUCUGAUAGGUUAAUUGACAUAAUUUGAGUCAAUUGGAGGUGUACCUGUGGAUGUAUUUCAAGGCCUACCUUCAAACUCAGUGCCUCUUUGCUUGACAUCAUGGGAAAAUCAAAACAAAUCAGCCAAGACCUGGUUCAUCCUUGGGAGCAAUUUCCAAACGCCUGAAGGUACCACGUUCAUCUGUACAAACAAUAGUAUGCAAGUAUAAACACCAUGGGACCACGCAGCCGUCAUACCGCUCAGGAAAGAGACGCGGUCUGUCUCCUAGAGAUGAACGUACUUUGGUGCAAAAAGUGCAAAUCAAUCCCAGAACAACAGCAAAGGACCUUGUGAAGAUCCUGGCGGAAACAGGUACAAAAAUAUCUAUAUCCACAGUAAAACGAGUCCUAUAUCGACAUAACCUGAAAGGCCGCUCAGCAAGGAAGAAGCCACUGCUCGAAAACCGCCAUAAAAAAGCCAGACUACGGUUUGCAACUGCACAUUAGGACAAAGAUCAUACUUUUUGGAUCAUACAAAUGUCCUCUGGUCUGAUGAAACAAAAAUAGAACUGUUUGCCCAUAAUGACUAUCGUUAUGUUUGGAGGAAAAAGGAGGCUGCUUGCAACCCAAAGAACACCAUCCCAACCGUGAAGCACGGGGGUGGCAGCAUCAUGCUGUGGGGGUGCUUUGCUGCAGAAGGGACUGGUGCACUUCACAAAAUAGAUGGCAUCAUGAGGAAGGAAAAUUAUGUGGAUAUAUUGAAGCAACAUCUCAAGACAUCAGUCAGGAAGUUAAAGCUUGGUUGCAAAUGGGUCUUCCAAAUGCACAAUGACACCAAGCAUACUUCCAAAGUUGUGGCAAAAUGGCUUAAGGACAACAAAGUCAAGGUAUUGGAGUGGCCAUCACAAAGCCCUGACCUCAAUCCUAUAGAAAAUUUGUGGGCAGAACUGAAAAAGGGUGUGCGAGCAAGGAGGCCUAGAAACCUGACUCAGUUACACCAGCUCUGUCAGGAGGAAUGGGCCAAAAUUCACCCAACUUAUUGUAGGAAGCUUGUGGAAGGCUACCCGAAACGUUUGACCCAAGUUAAACAAUUUAAAGGCAAUGCUACCAAAUACUAAUUAGUGUAUGUAAACUUCUGACACACUGGGAAUGUGAUGAAAUAAAUAAAAUCUGAAAUAAAUAAUUCUCUCUACUAUUAUUCUGACAUUUCACAUUCUUAAAAUAAAGUGGUGAUCCUAACUGACCUAAAACAGGGAAUUUUUACUAGGAUUAAAUGUCUGGAAUUGUGAAAAACUGAGUUUAAAUGUAUUUGGCUAAGGUGUAUGUAAACUUCCGACUUCAACUGUACAUACAGACACCGACACAGACACACACCCCUUCCCACCACUUUCUCUCUGGGAUGCCCCAAGGCCAUUUGGCUGCAGGCUGUAGAGGUAGAGAUCAAUAGAGACACGUUGAAACAGGGUGAUGUUAUUGAGCUGUAUGUUAAAGAUAUACUGCCCUUUAUCUACUUCCCCAGAGUCAGAUGAACUUGUGGAUACCAUUUUUAUGUGUCUGUGUCCAGUGUGAAGGAUGUUAGAGGUAGUUUCGCGAGCCAAUGCUAACUAGCGUUAGCGCAAUGACUGGAAGUCUAUGGGUAUCUGCUAAUAUGCUAGCAUUUACCUAUAAACUUCCAGACAUUGCGUUAAUGCUAGUUAGCAAUUGCGCUAGCGUUAGUUAGCAACUUCCUCCAAAUUACAUGCAGAGACUGAUUUAUUUUGUUGUAAAAAUGGUAUUUACGACUUCAUCUGACUCUGGGGAAGUAGAUAACAGGCCUCAUUGCCAAAAUCCCAAAGUAUCCCUUUAAACAGUACUGAUUAAUCUGUUAAACUGCACUAGGGCCUCUUAACAGGCCUCGUGCCCUCAUUAAUUACAUUCUUAGACUUCCUCUGCCUGGCUGGGCCGCUCCACUCGAUGGGCUUCUAUAAAUAGUGCUGUUGGGGUCAUGACAUGAUAACCAUCAAUCCUAUCUAAGGAACACAACAUACACACUGUGUUGGAUUGUGACUGGUGGGAUCUUAUUGCUUCCAUCAGGCUUUAAAUGUAUCAUGUUAUGUGAUCUCCACCUCUGUUUGUCACCCCCUCUCUCUCAUUCUCCCUUCUCUUUCUUUCAUUAACCGACCCCACCCCUCUAUCUGUUCUCUAUCUCUCGUUCUUAUCAUCCUCUCUCCUCCCUUUCCUCCUCUCUCUCCUCUCUCUUCUCCUCUCUCCUCUCUCUCCUCCCUCUCUUCUCUCUCCUCCCUCUCCUCCUCUCUCCUCCCUCUCCUCCUCUCUCCUCCUCCCUCUCCUCCUCCCUCCAGAGGUGGACUCGCUGCGUAUCCUGCUCUAUUCGGUCAUCUUCCUCCUCAGUGUGUUGGGAAACCUGCUCAUCAUUGUAGUCCUGGCGGUCAACAAGCGCAUGAGGACGGUCACCAACUCCUUCCUGCUGUCGCUGGCGGUCAGCGACCUGAUGAUGGCCAUCUUCUGCAUGCCCUUCACCCUCAUCCCCAACCUAAUGGAGGACUUCAUCUUCGGACCGGCCAUGUGCAAGAUAGUGGCCUACCUCAUGGGUGAGACAGGAGGAGGGACAGGGGAAGAGACAGUGGGAGGGACGGUGGUGAUAUUGGGGGAGGAACGGGGGAGAGAGGGGAAAAUAUUGAGGGAGGGUGUGAGAGUUAGAGAGGUGUGGAGAGGAUAUGGAUAGAGAUGGGGGAGAGCGAGAGAGGCAGAGCGAGAGACAGCGAAGACUCAGUGACUGACCCAAACUUAACGAAAGCUUUGACUAUGUACACUCAGUGAGCAUAGCCUUGCUAUUGAGAAAGGCCGCCGUAGGCAGACCUGGCACUCAAGAGAAGACAGGCUAUGUGCACCCUGCCCACAAAAUGAGGUGGAAACUGAGCUGCACUUCCUAACCUCCUGCCAAAUGUAUGACCAUAUUAGAGACACAUAUUUCCCUCAGAUUACAGCGAUCCACAAAGAAUUAGAAAACAAACCCAAUUUUGAUAAACUCCAUUGUCUACAGGGUGAAAAACCACAGUGUGCCAUCACAGCUGCAAGAUUUGUGACCUGUUGACACAAGAAUAGGGCAACCAGUGAAGAACAAACACCAUUGUAAAUACAACCCAUAUUUAUGUUUAUUUAUUUUCCCAUUUGUAGAGAGAGAGAGAGAAAAGAGAGAGAGAGAGAGAGAGAGAGAUGAGAGAGAGAGAGAGAUUAGGGAAGAGAGGAGAAGAGAGACCGAGAGAGCAGAGGAGAUGGAAGAGAGAGAUGCCGACAGAGGAGAGAGUCGAGAAUCGAGAGGCGAGAGAGACGGACGGAAGACGUAGGGAGAUGUGAGAGAGGAGGAAGAAGUCACCGCAAGGGAGAAAGGACAGAAUGAGAGACAUGCAUGAGGGAGAGGAGGGAGAGGAGAUGUGAGAGGAAGGCAGAGACAGGCUAGGAGGGAAGAGUGAGACGAGAUGUGCUUCAGCUGGGGCGUGAUCUCAAGUGCUCCGAUGGUCAGCAGAAUGCGAGGGAGGAGCGACAGGACCGGAGUCAGAGGAGAGGAGAGGAAUAGCGAGAAGAGAAGAAGAGAGAGAAGGAGAACACAAACAUGCAGGUCCAGGCAGAGACAGAGACAGAGACGCACCGACAAGAGAGUUAGCAUGUAGACUAGCAGGAGAUAGGAUGUGUGGAGUUAGGAAACCAUUGUCACCCAGUGGCAUGGAUGGAACUGUGAGACAGAGAAUCAUCAUUAGGAUGCAUUGAGGGGAACGGGCAGGCUCUGGGAAUCUGCUGUUGUCUUCCGCUGGCCGUGAUCUCCAGCUGCUCCCGAUGGUCCCCACAGAAUAGCGCAGCACAGGACCCCUCACAGACAUACAUAGCAUAUCGCACAUGGAUGAACACACACAAGCAUGCAGGCUCCCAGGCAUGCACACACGCACCCAGACACACAUAGUCUCAUGUCAUGUUCCAGCUAGCAGGAGGAUAUGGAUUAGGAGGUGAGCAAAGAGUAAUUUCCCUUCUCCAGUCUGGGGGCCGUGGGGAUCAUAGCGAUCAGAUCAGGAGGUUCAGCGAAAUGUGAUUUCCUCAAACACCAUCUCUAUCUAGCCAAGGUCUCACACUCAUGUUUCACUAACACAUCCUUAAAAAUACAUCUUCACUCAAAAAUGCUCAGCGCAUACUAAUCUCUGAUUCAUAAACUACAGUUAGGGUCACAUUUAAUCUGAUCCCUGAUGUUUUUGAAAAGUUUGAACCUUUCAAGAAUUUAACUUAGCAGAACUUUUACGUAACUUUAGUUAACAGAAAACGUUUUAAGUAUGUAUGUCUUUUCUCAUUUCCUUACUUUUCAACAGGUGUAUCCGUGAGUAUCUCCACCUUCAGCCUGGUUGCCAUAGCAAUCGAGCGCUACAGCGCCAUCUGCAACCCGCUGAAGUCGCGGGCGUGGCAGACCCGUUCCCAUGCCUACCGGGUGAUCGCCGCCACCUGGCUCCUGUCCUUCAUGAUCAUGACCCCCUACCCCGUGUUCAGCCACCUGAAACACGUCCCCCUAAAGGACAACAUCACCAUCACACGCAUGUGUCGCCACAUCUGGCCCUAUCGUGAGGUGGAGCAGACCUGGUGAGUUGGUGUGUGUGUGGGGGGAGUUGGUGUGUGUGUGUGUGGGGGGGGGGGGGGGGGGGGGGGGGGGGGGGGAGUGGGUGUGUGGUUGUGUAUGAAGUGUGUGUGGGUGGGGGGGGAGUGGGGGUGAGGUUGUGUAUGAAGUGUGUGUGGGUGGGGGGGGGGAGUGGGGGGUGAGGUUGUGUAUGAAGUGUGUGUGGGUGGGUGGGGGGGGGGGGGGGGGGGGGGAGUGGGGGUGAGGUUGUGUAUGAAGUGUGUGUGGGUGGGUGUGUACUCAUACUCAUCUUACCUUUUGCUUACUACUGCAUUUCAGGAGGUUUGGAUGGAACUGUGAUGACGAACAAAGGAAAACUGUCUACACCUAUACAUUAGAGUGAUGAUACGGCAAUGUUGUGUUUGCAUACUCAUUAGAAUAUAAACACAUCACUAAAAUGGGGGCAACAACUAAAUAAAGUGUAACUUUCCACUAAAACAAGCUUGAGGUUUGAGAAACUUCUCCAGCUGACCUUUUCCCACCAGCGAUAAGUCAUGAAUGUGUCAGUGUAGUAGCAGUAAAUGCCAGGUCACCAGGUGCACUGUGAUUGGCCUGAUGUGGAGGGGUCCUCUGGGGGAGCAAUGAGAGAGAGGAAACACUGCCUGUAGGUGUAAUGCUGCUCUCUCAUUAUUCUCUCAUGUUGAUACCGCCAUGACCCUUACUCUUGUGCGAAAAACUAACUCGCAAACACACACACACACACACACACACACACACACACACACACACACACACACACACACACACACACACACACACACACACACACACUACUGAGGUUCUCCAGAAAACUAAAGUAAUAGUUAGUGAGAGAGAGCUAGGAGGGAGUAGCAACACCUGAACAGGUUAGUUUUGUUUUCUCCCUUCAAAUCAGCUCAGGAGUAAUGUCUCACUGUUAACACAUUACUCUUCCCUAUCUCCACCAGUGAUACCUCCUCUCUCCUCUAUCUCCACCAGUGAUACCUCCUCUCUCCUCUAUCUCCACCAGUGAUACCUCCUCUCUCCUCUAUCUCCACCAGUGAUACCUCCUCUCUCCUCUAUCUCCACCAGUGAUACCUUCUCUCCUCUGUCUCCACCAGUGAGACCUCUCUAACCAUCUACCGCUUCUUCUCCCGCCUCUUUAUAGCUCCCUCUCUUUUCCUCCUCAUGGUAGGAGGAGCUAUAGGUAGACAGGCUCAUUAUGUCUGGAAUGGAAUUAAUGGAACGGAGUCAAACGUGGUUUCCAUAUGUUUGAUGUGUUUGAUACCAUUCCAUUCCAGCCAUUACAAUGGGCCCUUCCUCCUAUAGCUCCUCCCACCAGCCUCCUCUGCUGUUGUCAGACAUCCAUUUGAAAUCAUUAUUGAGAUUAAUGAAAUGCACGAAACAUACUCUCUUUACCCUCUCUUCCACUCUCCAAAGGGUUUAAUUGUGAGUUACAAAGGCAAGUUAAAACCCUUUUAGGAACCAAAAAGAAGAAAAGACUGUUCCAAUGAAAAAUGCAUGCAAAUCUAAUGAUUCUAAUCUGCUACAGGCUCUCUUAUGAUUGUGGAAUAUUGUUAUAAUAGCCGUGGUGCCUCUAAAUUAUUUCAAUGGACUAUUAAUUCAUGUGACUUUACCCAGAGCGGUAGUUUAAUUCCAACAAUUUAUAUUCCUAAUUCACUAGCUCAAUGUCCAUAGUAACAUUUUUAAUACUCUUCGAUUUCCCCUUCCCACAUAUUUUGUCCUCCAUGACGACUGAAUAGGAUAACAUCAUUGUGGUGGAAUGUAUUCUAUACUGGGUAGCAACCCUUAUUGUCUCCACCGGUUGGACCACAGCAAAGAUAUUCGAGAACUGAAGAUACCUCACUCCGGUUUGCUCCUUCUAAUCCAAUGCCUAUUGGACUUCCUCUGCCUAACCUCUUUCUGGAAGUCUCCUGUGAGCGAGCCCCUUUCUCCUAUGCUCUCUCAAUGCUCCUUUUAGAAGCUGGCCUUAGAGUAGUCUCUAAACAUCCUAACCUUAACCAUUUUAAGAGGGUUAAGGCACAACUGACCUUUGAUCAGUGUCUAAGGGAAAUUUGUUAACCCCACUUCCUGUGUGUGUCCCAGGAACAUGAUGUUGCUGCUUGCCCUCUUUGUUGUUCCGGGGGUGGUGAUGAUCGUGGCCUAUGGACUCAUCUCCAGAGAGCUGUACCGAGGAAUCCAGUUUGAGAUGGGCCAGAAGACAUCAUCCCCCGGUGAGACCUUCAUUACUGUUAUUUCAUUAUUCACACAUUUAAUUAUUCACACAUUUAUUUACUUCUUCCAGUAGAGGGGUUAGUAAGAAGACAUUAGAAUGCUGAAUUGGAAUGAACUACAAAUAUUUGAAAUUUCAGUACUGGAAAAAUUGCUUAUCUUCCUGUUUCUGCCCGUUAGUGCUUCCCAGAUUAUUAGGAUUUGGGCUAUCUACCAUUCCCCCCAACCCCCCUUUUAUCAGAAUGAUAAUCUUAAUUAUGGUCACACAGAAUGAACAUUUCAUUAGCAAUCCAAUCAUAUUAAUGUGUUGCAGGUUAGAGCAACAUAACCUUUAGUCAGUAUGUAAGUGAGUAGCUGGAAUGAUCUGAUAUGUGGAGUAUAUCUGCUGCUGCUGCUGUUCUAUUAGAGGAUGGAACUGGCUGAUGGCUGUAGGCCUCGCCUUCACCAUCUGUCUAUCCAAUAUGAGAGAGGGAGGGAUGGAGGGAUGGAGAGGGAGAGAGAAACAGAGGGGUAGUGAUAUGGAGGAAGAGAGAAAGCGAGGGCACAUUAACCCUCAGAUGAGUGAUGUGACUCAGGUUUUUGGUGAUGUGCCUCCUCUAAAAUACAUCUGUGAUUUUGCAAAUCAUAUCUACUUCACAGGCCACAGCAAAUGAUAUUUCCUCCAUUAUCCUCUCCCUCUAUUCUAUAUUCAAUCACUACUUAUUGGCAGGGAUAGCUUCCUUUAGACACUGCCUGUACCAAUUACCCCUGCAUCAUGGUUAUCUGGAUCUUUAGCCAUAACCCACCAUUUGGUGAUUCAUCGUUGUGUCAGAGUCAGAUGAAUUCGUGGAUACCAUUUGUAUGUCUUUGUGUCCAGUAUUAAGAAAGUUAGAGGUAGUUUUGCAAGCCAAUACUAACUAGCAUUAGCACAAUGACUGGAAGCAUGCUAGCAGAUACCCAUAGACUUCCAGUCAUUGCGCUAACUCUAGUUAGGAAUUGCGUCAGCGCUAGUUAGCAACUUCCUUCAAACUGCACGCAGAUACAUAAAAAUGCUCUCCACAAGUUCAUCUGAUUCUGGGGAAGUAGAUAAAGGGCCUCAUUGCCAAAAUCCCGAAGUAUCCCUUUAAGGUGAGCGGUUGUUUAUAAGAGGCUUGCUUCACAGAAAGCGUUUCUGAUGGGAUCUUUAACAGGUGGUAAUUAUCAGAAACGGAGGAGAAGAAACCUGGGACAGGUGGAAAGUACAGUUACAGCAGGGUGUGGGAGGGUGUGUGUAUGUGUGGCUCAUCAUGGCUAAAUUCAGAUGGUUGUUAAAUGGAUCAUAAAUCUCUGUGACCUGAAAUUAUUAGUUAUGUAACCUAAUUGGUCUGACCCCUCCUCACAGUUUUGGACCUCUACUUGACUCGAAAGUAAAUUCUCUGUCACCUUCUUUGCCCCGCCCCUUACACAGGUCUAAAGAAUGGCCUGACCGCCACCGGUGCUUGCAGCAGCGACGACGGAGAUGGUUGCUACGUCCAGGUCGCCAAGCGACCGCGCUCCAUGGAGAUGUCCACUCUGACAUCAUCGACAGCGAGUGCGUCCAAAUUGGAGCGUCCCCGCAGCAACACCUCGGAGGCCAAACUCUUGGCCAAGAAGCGUGUGAUCCGGAUGCUGGUGGUGAUCGUUGCUCUGUUCUUCCUGUGCUGGUUGCCCCUCUACUGCGCCAACACCUGGAAGGCUUUCCACCCAGUCUCUGCCCGCCGUGCCCUCUCUGGUGCCCCCAUCUCCUUCAUCCACCUUCUGUCCUACACCUCGGCCUGCGUCAACCCUAUCAUCUACUGCUUCAUGAACACACGCUUCCGCAAGGCGCUGCUCGCCACCUUCGCCUGCUGCUGCCGCCAGCCCUGCCGACACAGACGCCACGGGCUGCGGGAUGGAGAGGAGGACGCCAUGGCUAUGGGGGUGUCCAUGUCCAAGUUUAGUUACACCACGGUCAGCACUAUGGGGACGUGCUGA